UCCUAAAGCCAGCAGCAUCAUGGCAGACAGCACAGACACACAUAUUGAAGAGAUGCCUGAGCUCUCUGAUGGAGAUGAAGAUGAUGAUGAUGAGCAGUGGAUGGAGGAGGAGAGGCAAACAGUUACCUGCUUAUUCUGCCACAAGUUGUUGGAUUCUGUUUCUGCAACCCUUCAGCACUGCACGGCUGAACACCAGCUCAGCCUUGUAAACGUAAUAAAAAAGCACCGUUUAGAUGACUACGGUUACAUAAAAAUGAUAAAUUUCAUCCGCUCAACGAAAUGUGCUCCAUCCUCGCUAAUGGAGCUGUCAGAAGGCCCCUUACCCUGGAACAAGGAAGACUUCCUGAGACCAGUCCUUCAGGAUGACCCGCUGCUCCAGACAGACCUGGAGGAGCUGUGUGAAAAGGAUGACAUGUCUCCAUCACCCAGGACCCAGCCCAGUGACGAACUGCUCUGCAGAGCCCAGGCAGCUGAAGCAAGAGCCAAACGUUCAGAAGAAGCACUGACCAGAGCCAUGGAGGAUCUCCACAAACUAAAGCUCCUUGCUCAGGGUUUGGUGUUGAACGCAGAAACCAGCAAAUCAAGCAACCUGGGUGCUGUUGCUGAGCUGAGGGAGGAUGAGGAUGAAGCCUACUUCAGCUCUUACGGCCAUUAUGGCAUCCACGAAGAAAUGCUGAAGGACACGGUGCGAACAGAGAGCUACCGGGACUUCAUGUACAGCAACCCAGAAGUGUUCAGGGACAAGGUGGUGUUGGAUGUUGGCUGUGGGACCGGCAUACUGUCCAUGUUUGCUGCCAGAGCUGGGGCCAAAAAGGUGAUUGCAGUGGACCAAUCAGAGAUCAUCUAUCAGGCAAUGGACAUAGUCAGGUCCAAUCAGCUAGAGAACGUUAUCACACUGAUCAAAGGCCGCAUCGAGGACAUCAAGCUUCCCGUGGAGAAGGUUGACAUCAUUGUUUCAGAAUGGAUGGGUUACUUCUUGCUUUUUGAAUCCAUGUUGGACUCUGUCCUGUAUGCCAGAGACCUUUACUUGGCUGAUGGUGGCUCAGUGUAUCCAGAUCUCUGUAACAUCAGCCUGGCUGCUGUGGGAGAUGCAGAGAAGCACCAAAGUCGGAUUGGAUUCUGGGAUGAUGUUUAUGGCUUCAAUAUGGCAUGCAUGAAGAGUGCUGUGGUGCCUGAGGCUGUGGUGGAAGUCGUGAAUGCAGAGACACUCAUAUCUGAACCUGCCGUCAUACAGAUGUUGGACUGUAACACAGUAUGCCUGUCAGAGCUUGAGUUUACUGCAGACUUUUCCCUAAAGAUGACAAAGACAACAGAAUGGACGGCAAUCGUUGGCUACUUUGACAUUUUCUUCGACAAAGGCUGCAGCAACAAGGUGAUAUUUUCCACAGGUCCUCAGGUUCCAAAGACUCACUGGAAGCAGACGGUCUUCCUUCUAGAGAAGCCUAUGGCUGUUAAAGCAGGAGAAGAGCUCCAGGGAAGGAUCAAUGUGCGUAAAAACAAGAAGGACCCUCGCUCACUUUUUGUCACCUUUGACCUCCCAGACAAGAAGCAGACUUAUAGCCUUCAAUGAUGUCAUAAAAUUAUGCAGGUGAUUUAAUGUAGCCCCUUUUGGACAUUUUGGGGCAUUUCAUGUGCUGACACUUAUGGAAACAAAAUA